CGAUGAUCUCCGGACCUUUGCCACGCGACACCACUGUGCCGGUGGCCUCUUGCCAACAAAGCCCGCUCCGCUUCCCAUCACCACCAACACCACCGUAGAUCGGAGAGGACACGACAGCCUUUACGGGUGCUGCCUGACAUCUGCCGACUAUUCUGCGCUCUUUCAACACUGCUUGAACAAGAUCCCGCCGCAGCUGCGCACACGACACCAAGCCAUGGCAGACGAACAGAUCUCCUUACCGUCCCUGCUCCUUAUAGUAGUCCUCGGCGGCCUCAUCGUCAGGUACCUCUUUUUCUCGCCUGCCGUCACCACCACGAGCCAGCCUCGCGAUGCCGCCGCCGCCGCGCGCCAACGCGAGACCCUUGUCGAGAGACUGCAGCAGAUGUUCCCACAGGUGGAUCGGAGGACAAUACUCUGGGAUCUCCAGCGCAACGGCAACAGCAUUGCGGCCACGACAGAACGGAUCCUGGCCGGCCGCAUGGAAACGCCCCCGGUAACAUUCCAACCUCCCCCACCUCCGGUAUCCUCAACAACAUCCGCAUCGUCUGCCUCGCAACUGCAAGCCCAGGCGGCGCGCUCGAAGCCCGCCGAGACGGACCUGAUCACGCGAUACAAGCUGCAGAACAAAGUCAGCAGCCAGUCUCCCGCGCAGGUCGCCGAGGAGCAGACUGAUAGCAAGGGCAAGUCAUGGAGCUCUAACAGGGAGGAACGACAGAGCGCCCUGCAGCGAAGGAGGGACGAGAUGAUUAUCGCAGCACGGAGAAAGAUGGAGGCAAAGAUCGCGGCGGAGAAAGCGGCGGCAGGUCAAUCAUGAGAUUGCCGGGGAAAAGGUGACUUUGCAGAGAUAGAGCGCGUUGCAUGACGGCGUCCAGGGUGGCGAGGACAGGUUUCACUCGCCAGUGGUGGUGCGUAUAUUGUGUGUAGAGGUGGUGCCAUGCCAUCCUCCAUCAGAGCAAGGGAAUGCCCGCAACCAAAGUAUUCUUUACAUGUUCCUCGGUGGUAUAUCACGAACUCGAAAAAGACACGGUUGCGUGGAUUUGUCUACCAUCAAGUCUGGCUGCAAGGUUACCCGCGAGACA